UGCGGCUUUAUUUGACUUCUCAGCUUUACAUCCUGGACGCGUGAGUAAAGAGAAGUACUGCAAGUUCUCGUUUUUAACCAUUUGGGACUGGAAACACCAAGUAUAUAUUUGUGAUUUCACACGAAAACAGCAAAACGGCCCUAACUAUGUGAGGCAGUGGUGUCCUCUGUGUUUUGGCCUCUCUCUAGUUCAGUCAGCAGAAAGAGGAUCCUUGCAGUCAUCAGCUGCUGCAGAGGAAAGUCCUUGCAAUGUCUCUAUUGGAGGAUUUUGUUUAUGUGCUGCGCACAGUCUUGGAGUAUUUUGGAGUACCCCCAGACAUGUUGGAUCCCGUGUGGACCAGUCAGCUGUGUGGACAGUAUCGCAGCAUCAUUAGGAUGAUUGGGUCCAACCUCCCUCUGAAGCCCCCUCCACGCGUCCACUUUCAGAUUCCCCUGGUUGCUAACAUGCCGCAUGAGUAUGCGGACGCUACAGUGGACACACCAGCCAUCCCCUCAUUGGCUGACAUCAUUUGGGUAAUUGAGGACAAGGGGGACAGUUUUGCCAAAACUAGGAUGCAUUUACCGCCAAAGAAGCAAUCUGGCAUAAGUCAAAACCAGAAUGACUCAAAGCCAAAUGUGAAUAUUGUUCAGAAAAGACAAAGUUCUGCUGGACGUCCAGCCGAUCCAGAAACACUGAAGAAGAUCUCGGCACUGGAGAGCGAACUGCUCAAACUGCGGGCUCAGAUAGCCAUGAUUGUUACCGCCCCCCCAGCAGCAGAGUCCCAGAAUGCCCCACUAGUGCCUCUGACGUCCCCUCCGCCGCUUCCAGCUCUCACUUCUACUCCUCGUUCUGCUCCCCCUCCUCCUCCUCCUCCACCUCCUCCCCCUUGCCUGAGCUCCUCCACUGACACACUGGAUGUUAUUGAGUUGAUCAGGCAAAACAGGAAGAACAAAACUGCUAACGGUCAGCUGCAGCCUCAGAACUCUGAAAACAAAGCGAUGCCCUCCAUGAUGGAUGUUCUAAAGAACUUAAAUCAAGUCAAACUGCGUUCCGUACAGAGAUCACCAGGAGGAACGCCGGUCAGGAGGAGGCACAGCAAGGGAGGAGCCGCCGUGCUGAGUGACCCGGCAGCUCUCAUCGCAGAGGCGCUCAAACGGAAAUUUGCACAACAUCGCCACAACACGUCCUCCGACAAAGAGAAUUCACAGGAACUCUCGCCUUUCGGCAGUCCAGAAUCCCCCAAGAUUUCUGUCCACUUCAGGCGCAGUCAGGGACGGCGCCACUUCUGAGCCAAUACGUAGUGACUCCACUAUGAAAGGACAUAGCAGGUUGUGACUGCAUGUGCUCACACUGACGUGCCUCUGAGUGCUGAAGCUGCUGUUUACGGGUCAUUUUUGCUCUUGUUUUUCUGGUCUUUUACUUGUGUUUUUGUUUCUUUAAUGGGAGGUUUUAGGUUUAAUGUCAUCCAUGCUGGCUCUGGACUUAAAGGUUUUUGUACUUUGAAGCUUUGCUGUUUUAAAACUUCUUGGUACGCACUGGAUUUAAGCUUUUACGUUUAAACUGUAUUCUAUGCAAUUAAAAAAAAAAAAAAGUUGUUUCAUUAUAUUAAACAGUCUGAAAGGACUUUUUUCCAACUU